AUGGCAGCACUCACUGAUGCCAGCGAAACGUGGCUUGAAUAUCUUACUUGUGCCUUGGCCGGCAUCCCACCUAGUCACACACGCCUCUUGGAAUGCAUGUCUUCGGAGGCCUUUUCAGAUGGUCUGCCGGCUGGUAAAGCCACAGUAACAGCAGAUGCCAACUUGCACACUUCUCUGGUCGUAUGCACACACGAUUUGUCCGCCCCCACACCUUCAGACACGGUCACAGUCUCUGCUGGAGUUGGUGUCAGCGAAGCAGCCAGUCUGGACGAGCAACCGCCACGCUCCUCGUGUCUGGAGCUCGGAGACGAAAUGCCAGCCAACGUUAGGUCUUCUUCUCCGAUCGAGACGAAAACCGAGGUGUCGGGUCCAGCAGAAGCCUUAAUUGAGACUUCAACCGGUUCAGGAAACUUAAUAUCCGUCAUAGAAACAUCACACUCUUCUGGGGCCUCGACAAAGAUGGGGCAGCCAGGCUUUGUAGGCCCGAGCUAUUCAGAGACAAUAAAUAUGCACAGCAAUUCAACCACUUCAGAAUCAAAAGACAACAGCUGGCGGCUCACCGUCGGCGCUCAUUUGGAGGAGGAUAUAGCCUCACCCGCUUUGGCUAAUGAAACAUCCACCUAA